ACACGAAUUCAAAUCUUUGUGAAUAAAAGGAAACCUUUUGGCCACCGGGCUAUAUGGUAAAGGAGAGCGAUUACAGGUGAACACGGUACGUGCAAGAUCCAUUUGCUCUCAAACACGAAUGCUCACACAAAAACGAAUGCAUUGGGACAGCAUGGAAUAGAAAGUCACCGAAAGUUUGAAGAAAACUCUAGGAAAAAAUUAGGAGAUUUUUGGAGAGAUAAAUCUUCAAUGCAUUUAUGGUAACGCUCGAUCAUGAUAACAAUCGGAUACUGAAACGGUUUGCAAAAAGUCGACGGUUCGAGGUGGAACCUGGAUUCAAAUUCAGAUACUCAAUUUUUUUUUUUGCAUGGAUCCUACAUCUUUUGAAAGGUUUCUGAAUGUUUUUGUUACACUCAUCACGCCCUGCCCCUCGUUAUAUAUCACAUGGAAGAGAGUCGGAUUAUUAAGUAACCGUCUACUUUGUUAUCACUACAGAUGCGCGGAUAUAUCCGCAAAUGCAGGACCAGUCGUUCUGUUCACCUAACAUUAUUUGCAUCUAACGGUCGCACUUGGUGACGUCAUUGAUGAACAAUGGCUACGAACACUGGGCCACUAAGAUCCUAUUUAUCUGGUCUUAUAUUUGGUACUGUUGUAUUUGGGAUGUGCUACUCCAUAUCCAGCUAUGCCGCUUACUUCAUAGAACGAUCAGCGUCAUCAGUUGCAUCCGGGAACUUAAAGCGAAACGCCUGGUAUGACGGCCAUCUUGGAAGUCAACAUGAUCGUAAUAAUUCCGCAGGCGUUCAAGAACACUUUCCUCAGAAAGACGUAACAAUGAUGCGAUGUCCGCAGGAGCUAGACUCGACAAUAGGCCCAGGCAUCCUGGCCAAGCUAGAUUGCAGAAAGCGGCUUCCGCAGGUCAUUGGGAUCGGAGUCGAGAAGUGCGGGACCGGGGCCAUGGCGUUCUUCCUGACGAGCCAUCCGUCUAUCGCCCACUCCACACCCCAGGAAAUCUAUUUUUGGAAUAAGAACAAGGACAAGGAUCUCGAAUGGUACCGAGACCAGAUGCCGGUCUCUACCAAAUACCAGGUGACCAUUGAGAAAACACCGUCCUAUAUUUUCGAAAAGGAUGCACCGGAGAGGAUCAAGGCUUCGAUGCCCGACACCAAAUUCAUGUUGCUUAUCCGGGAUCCGAUUGUCCGAGCUGUGUCAGAUUAUCUCCAUCUCCAGAAUUUGGGACUUCCGGAGUUAUUUAGUCCGCGGAUAGUCCCACUCGGUUACGAUCCGCUAAGUUAUUGCAAUACAACCUUUGAAGGAUCCGUCAUCAAACCGAACGGUGAAGUGAAUACGGAUAACGGGAUCUUAGCGCACAGUGCAUACGUGCUUUAUCUAAGGAGAUGGAUGAAACUGUUUCCUCGGGACCAGUUCCUCAUUAUAGACGGCGAUGAAUUUGCAAAGAAUCCCCUUCCAGGAUUGAAACAGGUCGAGUCCUUCCUAGGUAUUCCACACUACUUUAACGAAAAGUUAAUCUACUUUGACGAACAGAAGGGUUUCUUCUGCAAGGCCAUGGUUCAUGGUCGGGGAACGAUAUGUGCCGGAGCUACCAAAGGGAGGCCCCAUCCAACUGUUGAUGAUGACGUCAUCAGAAAGCUCCGAAGUUACUUCCGGCCCUACAACACUCAGCUCGAAGAUCUGUUGGGCCAGCGCUUCUCAUGGAGUUAGAUAUCAUUGACAAGGCAUCGUGACUGACAAUCCUUGUCAGUUAGUGACUGAGGAAGAAUAUCGGUGAGACAAGGGGGGGGGGGGGGGGGACGCACGACCAAGCUACUUUAGUCUGUGUUAGCCGAAUUCGCAUUCACCCAGCCUUUCACGAUUAGUCUUUGUUUCAGUCGCAAGGUGUCUGAUGUAAACAUCAUAAGAGACACGGAGCCUUGUCUAAAGGCUAGGAGUCAGAUGGCAACGCAGCAUCGUUUUCAUUUCUUUUUUUGAACUGUGCGUUGAUAUAAUUUUAAAAAAUAGUUUGUCAAGGAAUACUUGGAAAAUAACAGCUAUGACAACGAAGUGCUCAGUUGCAUAAGUCAUUGAAUGACAAUAAUUAUGUAAUUUUGUCCUUUCCCUGUUUUAAUUGAUUUUCCAAACAUUUUGUAACAUACUAACAACAUUAAUCAUCAUAAAAAUCAAACAAGGGUAAUCAAAAGCGAAUCAAAGUAACAAUCACAAAUAAAUAAAAUAAACAAUAAAUCAGAUUUAGUUCUUGAUAUUUUAGUUAUAUUGUAGACAAUAUGUAUUUUUUUGAAUUGGUAAGAAUAAGUGUGUAUUCAAAAUUAUACAAAAUCAAUGUGCAAGUCUUCUCCUGCGAAGCUACAAUAAUGUUGCAUUCUAACCGCUGUCCAAAAUCAAAAGAUAAGCAAAGGCAUUCAUCGUAUGAAUAUCAAGAUUUAAUUCUUAUGCAUGGAGCGCCCAAGACAUGUUUGGUUGUAAUUGAAUAGUGGGAUGAUGUUCAAAUUACUUUUUGUACCCAAAAUAUUUUGAUUUUUUUAUGUGUACGUUUUUUAGAAAAUGUGAUGACCUAUGCAUGUUUCGAAUAAAUUGGAUUCACCUAUUCUUGUCAUAUGAAAAACUUUUUAUUCUUUUUAUACAAGGCUUUCAACCGUGAUUCCAAAGACGUUUUUAAUGUUUUUAAUAUUUUUAAUGAUGUUCAUAUACAUGUAGAGCGGUGAUGUGAUUUAUGUUUUGGUCGUUCUUCGUCGUAGCUUUAAGAAUACCACCAUCUACGUUGAUACACAUACAUACCACCAUCUCGCUCACUGAUCUGUGGUCGUGCGAGGAAGCGCUCUCGACAAUGGUGUAGGUCCAAAGGAAGGUUUAUAAGUUCUAACACUCUAUCAUAUGAAGAACUUUAACUUCUCCCACGCCAUUCUUGUCCGUUGUUAUCAUCGUCAAGAUCAUUACCGCCAUCAUUUUGAUCUUCAAAAAUUUCGACACCAUCAUCUCUUUUAUCACAACCAUAAUCACCGCCAUCAUCAUCACCAUCAUCAUCAUCACCAUCAACAUCAUCAUCACAAUCAUCAUCAAUAUCAUCAUCAACAUUAUCAUCAUCAUCAUCAACAUUAUCAUCAUCAUCAUCAUCAUCAUCAUCACCAUCAUCAUCAUCAUCAUUAUAAUCAUCAUCAUCAUCAUCAUCAACAUUAUCAUCAUCAUCAUCAACAUUAUCAUCAUCACCAUCAUCAUCAUCACCACCUCCACCACCACCACUAACACUAUCAUCCUCCUCAUUAUCAUCUUUAUUAUCUUGAGAGGUCUUCCCUUUGCCUCUAUGUGAAUUGUCCUCAAUUACCUAUCUGUAACAUUUUUGUUUCAAGAAUCCUUUAUUUCAUUGUUAGGGAGGGUUCUCUUCCAAAAUAAAAAUGCAUUGCCAAUACAUUCACGAAUUAAAAAAAAAACCCAAAGAGAAUAAACAUGAUAAACUGCAAAUAUUGAAUUGGAGAAUCGUUAAAGUUUAACGGAUGAUUUAUAAAAGUAAAUAGUAUAUAGCUAUAUGCAAACAUGGAUUGAAUUUCCUAUUUUCCAGGUCAAUUUUUUUUCUUUCUACCAAAUUUAUCUCUGCCAGUGAAUGAUUUAAUUUGAGAAUCGUUAAGUUUAACGAAUGAUUUGUAAAAGUAAAUAGUAUAUAGCUAUAUGCAAACAUGGAUUGAAUUUUCUAUUUUCCAGGUCAAUAUUUUUUCUUUCUAUCAAUUUUAUCUAUAAAAUGCAGUGAAUGAUUUGGUGGGGCAAGUAUUUUGGGCGGGGUUCUUGGUCUUCAGAAGUACACCAAACAGACUGAAUUCCAUUAUUUUGUACUCUCUUUUGAAAGAUGAAAAACCAAAAGUAAAUAUACUUCCUGCCAUAUUAUUUUUAUCCGACAAUGCAGUCUUUGCAGAUCUUUAUUCAUAAUAGUCCCACACAUAGACUUUUCAUGAAAGAACACGGACGUUUUACAAAGAAGUACAAGGAGGUCUUGAGAUACGUGAGGAAUUCUACAUCAGGUUGAUAAUUUGGAACUGGCUGGAGACCAAUUUAUUUUGUUUUGUGUCCACUCCGUAUCUGCCGAAGUGCCCUUUCUACGCCCCACCAUUGCACUUUCUCUCGCUCGAGUCACCUGCACUUUCUCGCCUCUUCGCUGGUCCCGUCCCGUCCGGUGAUGUUGUCCCAACAUAAGAAUGAACCCCAUAAGAAGCAGUUCAGAUUUCAGAGCGGGUAGCAGCGAACUACUGUUGAUAUUGUUUACUGGAGGGUAAAUGGAAGAAAAGCAAAUGUUGUGGUAAAUUGUUUUUAUUCAUGUUUUCUCAAUUCCUCCAUGUUCUAAACCAUAACUACUCAUUUCAUCUAUUCAUUAUCUUCUAUUUAUUUUAAUUCCUUGAGAUCUAUUUAUUCGUUCAUUCACAUUUAUAUAUCCAUUCAGUGUAUUGAUUACUUCAUUCCUUUUUUUGAGAUAUGUUUGUUCGUCAAUCUGUUAAUUCAUCAGUUUAUUCAUGAAUGUAUUUGUUCAUUGUUUUUUUUUUCUUUUAUCGAAUUGUACAUGUAUAUUUAUUUAUUUGGGCGGUUUUUUUUUCAGAUUCUUUUUUCAGGUAUAAAAAGAACAUUAAAAAAGGAAAAAGGUUUAGUAAUUUAUCAAAAACAAAUUUAAAAUGGCUACGAGCAUUUUUUAAAGUAAGAAACAGUGGAAGGGAGAGAAGGAUAAAAAGAACGAGAACAAGAGCAACAAAAGAUGAAGAAGAGUUGUCAGAAUGACAGGGUUGUAAAACAAAAAUUACAGGAAAUUGCCCUUUCCUGCAAUUUUCUACUAUUUGGACGGAGAACAAGCUCCCCAUAAUGGCGUACGAACGAAAUAACUUCCGGUCAUUUUCUGACCACUUUUUACCUGUUUCCUUGCGUCUUGUCCAUACUCGUAGCAAAAUGAGCUAAAAUGAAAGUGAUUUUAUUCGAAGCAAAGGGAUAUAAACGCACGUGCCGGAGGAAUCAUUUUCUCGCUUGAGGCUUUUAGCGCCAUUUCCGAAGACGUCCCUCAUUUUGCUUGCUCUAUCUCCUAUUUGAUUUAUGUCGGAAAAAAGGUAUCGCCUGCUGAAGAUUGAUGCUCGCAGCGAGAAUCAGAGUUCUUAGCGGGUUGCUGCUAAGCGAUUCGGCCAUCGCGACGGGGCUAGUCGUUCUUAAUAAUUGGCCUACUGACAGCCCGCGGCAAUGUGCAAUCUUUUAGCCAUCAUUAUGAUCAUGUCGCUAAUAUCGUGUUGUUUUUUUUGCAAGGAAACAUGGAUGUCAUAUCAUUUACAAACAUUUUUCUUGAUUUUAAGAAAAUGGAGCUCCGAGCAAACGCAAGUAGGCCUAUACGAUUACCCCCACCCCCC